AUGAUGAUUAGGUCGGGCUUGCUCAAGCCCAGAACUUCCUUCAGCCCAGGAGUCUAUUACCCAUUCUUGGCCCAGUCGCACCUUGGGGCCUUACGAAAGCCCAGAACCUUAUUCUUGGGUUUCAAGCAUCUCCAAACCUCAGCUGCUGUCCCCGAUGGAGGCACUGUGUACUCAACUUCGGGAAGUUUUUCUUUUGUCUGCUUAAGCAAGGAGGAGAGGAAAAUCAGCAAUCAGUCGCAGAGGCGGAAGAAAGGGGAAGUAGAAAUGGAGACGAUAAUGGAAGUGGACGAAGAAGAUCACUCGAACGUUCCUGGCGAAGUGGUGACCGGCGAUUUGAACGGGAAAGAUGACGCUAGCAACCACAAUAUCCAGAACCCUAAAGCUCUCUCGGCCGAAGAGAAAGACGACGGCUCCGGUGGCGACUCCAGUUCGGAAUCUGACGACGAUGAAGAUGAUUCCCAGCUUGCUGAGCAGCUGAAACAGUUGGAAUCUGAACUGGAGGCCAAUCCGUCUAACUACGAUGCUCACGUUCAAUGCAUUAAGCUGCUAAGGAGAAUGGGGGAGUUGGAGAAGCUGAGACAGGCUAGGGAAGCUAUGAACGCGCUGUUCCCGUUGACACCUUCUAUGUGGCAAGAAUGGGCCAAAGAUGAAGCUUCUCUUUCCUCUGGAGCAGCUGGCACUUUAUCUGAUUCUUUGCCUCGUUUUGCUGUUGUUGCUUUGAUCAAACUUGCUAGGCCCGAGUCUGUGGCGGCUAUUGAGAAAUUGUACGAGCGAGGAGUCUUCGACUAUUUGUCUGUCUCACUAUGGUGUGACUACUUGAGCUACAUUCAAGAAUCCGAUCCUUCUGUUCGAGAGUGUUCUCCUGACGGGAUCUCAAAGGCCAGAAAUGUCUUUGAGCGUGCACUAACUGCCAGUGGAUUACACAUUGCGGAAGGGAAUAAGAUAUGGGAGGCAUACAGGGAAUUCGAGGAGGCUAUCAUCUAUACAAUUGAUGACAAAGACAGUAAGAUACAUCAGAACCUUACAGAAUUCCCGGAGUUUGCUAUGGUUGUGUUCUUAUUCUGUAGUUGUUCUGCAGUUGGUACAAUAUAUGGAUUUUUUAUGGCCAAAGAAUCGCAGGUCCAGCGAGUCAGAAUUUUGUUCCACCGACAAUUGUCUGUACCUCUUGUUAAUUUGGAAUCUACACUUCUAGAUUACAAAGCAUGGGAAGUGGAACAGGGGAGUACUCUUAAUGCUGAGUCAAGUGAUUUGGAUGGUGUUCCUACUCAUGUUGUAUCAGCAUACCGAAAGGCCAUGGAAAUUUAUAAGGCUCGUGUUGGACUUGAGGAGCAAAUUUUUAAGAAGGGCAUCUCUGAAGAAGAAAAGUUGCAACAUUUUAUGGUCCAAAGUUUUCUAUUGUUGCAGAAUUACCUGACAUUUGAAAAAUCAUUUGGCGAUCCAGCACGUGUCCAAGUUCUGUUUGAACGUGCUGUAGCUGAGUUUCCCGUGUCAAGUGACCUUUGGCUUGAUUACGUGCGGUAUAUGGACAGGACAUUGAAGGUUGGCAAUGUUGUAAGAGAUGUUUACACGAGGGCCUCCAAGAAUUGCCCUUGGGUUGGAGAACUUUGGGUUCGUUACUUACUCGCCCUGGAACGUGGUCGUGCACCUGAAGAAGACAUAUCUGCUGUCUUCGAGAGAGCCUUGCAGUGUACCUUUUCAACACUGGAAGAGUACCUUGAUUUAUUCCUCACACGAGUGGACGGUUUGAGGCGAAGGAUUCUGUUUGGUAGCGGCGAAGAUGGCGUCUUAGGUUUCUCCUUAAUAAGAAAAACCUUUCAGGCAAUGGUCUUGCUGUCUUUGCAGUAUGCAUCAGACUACUUAUCACCACAACUAAAGAACACCGAUAGUUUGUUGCGCCUCCAUGCUUAUUGGGCCCGCCUAGAAGUAUAUCUGGGGAAAGAUUUAGUGGCAGCACGAGGUGUUUGGGAGAGUUUGCUUAAGACCUGUGGGUCGAUGUUGGAAGCUUGGCAAGGUUACAUUACAAUGGAAACUGAGUUGGGUCAUAUUGGUGAAGCUAGAUCAAUCUAUAAGCGAUGCUACGGCAAAAGAUUAGCUGGAACGGGAUCAGAAAAGUGGUCUGUUGAUGCAGUCCCAUGUUCCUAUUUACCUAAGCCUCGAAUUAUUCAGGACAUAUGUCAUUCUUGGCUGCGGUUUGAGAGGGAAUUUGGUACGCUUGAAGAUUUUGAUCUUGCUGUGCAAAAGGUGACACCUCGACUGGAAGAGCUGCAGCUAUACAAGAUGCAGCAAGAGUUACAAUCCUCUGCUGCAACAAUAGGGCAGAAAGAGAAUCCUGUUCCUAAGAAUGUCCGCGAGAAGAGGAAAGGAGGUUCAAACAUCACUGAUGAACAGUCUCCAGCAAAGCGUAAAAAGAUGGCUACUCAAACCCAGAAGAAAGAACAGGACAACGCUCAACAUCAAGACCCUGAUCAAGCUCAUGGAGAUAAAACAAAAGAGCUCAAGAAUGUCAGCGGAAAGACUGACCAUGAAGCUGGGAGAACGGUGACAGACUCUAGCAGUGGAAAAGCUAAAGCCAGCUCAGAAGAUCUGCGUAAAUUCUUUGCCGACGUUGGGGGGAUCUCUUCCAUUCGAAUAUUACAUGACAAGUUUACUGGAAAGUCGAGGGGCCUGGCAUAUGUAGACUUUUUAGACGAUGAGCAUCUUGCUAAAGCCAUAGCAAAGAACAAGCAAACACUACUUGGGAAGAGACUGAGCAUUGCACGGUCUAAUCCGAAAAAGGGCAAGAAAGGCGAUCGAGGUGCUCCAAAAGGCGCUCGCGAUACUGAUGGAGGAAAGAAGGAUGGGGAAUCUGAGCCUACAAGGAGCAGAACCUCAGAUGACUCGAGAACGUCCCAAGUAUCACGCCCUGAAGGGAGUCAUAAGCCGGCUGAGGAUGUCAUGCUCAAGGGUAAGAACACGUUUGCAGUCCCGAGAAACAUGGUUAAACCGCUUGGUUGGACCGAUCGACAGCCCAAACCACCUGCAGAAGAUGGAGACGAGCAGCCCAAGUCAAACGACGAGUUCAGGAAAAUGUUCAUCAAGAGUUGAGGAAGUUGUAGAUCAAUCAACACUAAUGUGCAUGGCGGCAGUUCGAAGCGUGUUUGUUGAAUUGUAGGCAACAUAACCCCCCAACUGAAUACUCGAGUGUAGUGAAGAACUCGGCCAGUCUUACCAUAGAACAACGCCUACUUUGAGUGAAUGAAAUCUUUUUUGCUAGUCUUCUUAAGCCUGUGGCUCCUUGUUUGGUAUGCAAGUAACUCAAGUCAAGAGGACUGGCCUACGAAAGUGGCUCGAGCCUCGACAGUGGUUCAACGACAACCUGCAAUUCGACGAUGUAUGAACAUCCUUGCGACCAAAUGUGGAGACAACUAUCCGAACCCACAUUGUGUUGUGCAACAUGCUCCCCAAAAUGCUGAAAAAUGAUAAGGCAGAAGGAGAAACUAUUGUUUUCAACUUAUGAGGAAGAAAAGCAACAAUUUUUUCAGUUUGCAGGCAGGGUAGGUCAGCCUUUUUUCGAUUACAAAACUAGACCACUUUUCAUUUUGAAUGCCAG